GCUCUGUUCAUUCCUGCAGCGUCCCGUUGGAGGACAGUCUGCGUGAACUCGGGAGAGGAAGCGCUGCUCUCUCCAAACUCCCAGGAUUUACACUCUGCCAUUUUGAGGCGAAACCUGCCGCCACCGGGGGUUCGGACGCGUCCAUCACACAGCAGCGACCAUGGCCUGAGUUGGCGAACUUCGCCCGCGCGCGUAUGGGAAAGCCAAACCAGCCAGGGAGGAACUGUUGUUUUUAAUCUGUUAUCAGACCUCUGCAGCCAUGUGUUCCACCAACCAUUCGAACUGGGUCACGUUUGAAGAUGACAACACGCCACUGUCGCCACCUCAGAAGCCCUUACAGUCAUCAGAGAUUAUCAAGGCAUCAGUACCGCGUCCAAAUGGCCUGAAAUUAGUGCUUCCUCCCAUUAAAGACACUUCCUGGAGCUUCAGUCGCUCCUUGGAAUCGCCUCAAAGCACCUUGAGUUUUAGCGGAGGUUCCUGUGCGCCAUGUAACUCGUCUAUUUGCACUCCUGUGAGUGGGGGUCCUGGCAGUGUGUCCCCAUUUCACUCGAACACAUGGGACAAAAUCACCUUCUUCCAGAGUUUGUCCAGCACAUCAACCUCCUCCACUCCCUCACCUGCCCCACAGGCUUUUAAUGAAACCUCAGAUGGACCAAGCCCUUUUCCUUCAUUCCAGGGGAACUCAGGACACUAUAACCCCUUCUGGGAUGGAUCUGGACACAGCGCAGAUGUUGACAGCUCCUCCUCAGACUCCGAAUGUGACAACAGCCUGCCACGUUUCUUCAUUCGGACCAAAGACGGCAGCGAACCUCCACGCGCUGACCUGCAGAGCUCCUUCUCCUUUGUUUGCCACAAACUGCAAGACCUGCGAUCAGAAACUGGGUGUGAAACCGAGACGGAAAAUGAUGACCCGAGGCAGCUAGGUUGUAGGAAUGAGGUAUUAAGCGAGGGUUCAUCUCCGUUUGUUCCCCGCGGUCUGUUCCGUAGCCAGAAAAGAGACGGUUGGCCCAUCAUGCUCAGGAUUCCUGAAAAAAAGAACCGCAUGUCCUCCCGACAGUGGGGGCCGAUCUAUCUCCGCUUAUUGCCGGGGGGUGUGCUGCAGAUGUACUAUGAGAAAGGGCUGGAGAAGCCAUACAAGGAGUUCCAGCUUCUUCCCCAAUGCAGGCUGUCGGAUCUGAAACUGGAAAGCUACAGUGAACCCCGCAAAGUCCUCACGGUCAAAGUGGAACAUUUCUCCUACACAGAAAAGAAACGCUACCACCCUAAGCUGGAGGUUAGUCACGAGGCAGAGGUGGAGCAGCUGCUCAAAUUUGGCUCCACGGUGCACGAAGACAUGGAGGAUCUGGUUGUCUCCAUGGAGGAGGAAAUCUUUAAACUGUGUGUGCCCCAUCAGCAGAGGCGGCACUACGAGGAGCAGGAGCUUUCAUUGCAGAUCACUGAUCACAUCUGGGUACAGCUGGAUAAGUCUGGAGAAGUCAUAGAGAGGACAGCCUUCACUCAGAUUCACUGUCUGGCUUUUCUGAACGGCCUAGAGGAUUGUUUUCUCGCCCUUAAUGACCUCGGGCUGCUGCGCUGCGACUCCAGCUACGCAUCCGAGGAGGGCGCUGAACUGUGGAUGGAGAUAGCUGACUGCCAUUUUCACAAAUGUGUGAACGAGUUGGAGUUCCACAGGUCCCGGCUCAUUAAGUUCACACCCCCCGACGCCUGCCGGGUGGAGCUGAUGCGGUACAAGACGACAGUGUUGGGUUGCACAGAAAUGCCCUUCUCUGUGAAAGCUGUGGUUACAGUUCAAGGCGCCUAUUUGGAGCUCCAGGCCUUCCUAAACAUGUCGGCUACAUUCAUUUCCUCCGUGGGGGUCUGUGAGAAUAUAGUGAUUCGCGUGCCGGUACCGGGCGACUGGGUCAAGGUGACGCAGACGGUGGCCCUUCUCCGGCAGAGGUCCCUCAAGGCACGGAUGAACAGAAACGCCUGUCUGGGCUCCGUCGCUGCUGCAGAUUCACAGCCCGUCAUGCAGGUGUCUAUCGGCACUGUCAAGUAUGAGAACGUGUAUUCGGCCAUUUUGUGGAGAAUCGAUAGACUGCCUGCAAAGAAUAUGGCCGUGAAUCAUCCCCAUUCAUUUUCCUGCAAGCUAGAGCUGGGAUCAGACCAGGACAUCCCAGAUGACUGGUACCCAUUUGUCACCAUGGAAUGUGAAAUUAUGGGCGCAGUGGUGUCCCAGACCAGGGUGAAGUCACUGGGCACCGAGAACGACAUCCAGCCGCAGAAACAUGUGACAAGUUGGACACGCUAUCACUGUCAGGUGGAAGUGGAGAAGAAAUGGAUUGAAACUGAGUCACAGAGGCAGUCUGGCUGUAUGGCACAGUGACAGCUGAAGACGUUCUACUACUAUUGUCUUAAUAUUUAUAUAAUAACACACAAACAAGGGUGAUGAGGGACUUUCUGCCUAUAUCUGGUGUCAUUUAAACUAAUUCCACAUAGCCUGGUAGUAUUUAUAACGGAGGUGUAUUAGUGUAGACUAAUCCACAGGAUACCCUGGUCCUUGUGCCUAGCACUUUACAUUUACUAGAUGUAUUUUUUGUACGAUUACAGUUUAUAUGAAUACUGUACAUAAGCUUGCAUUUGCAUCAUCUGCACUGCCCUCCAGAAUGAUCGGGAGCCCUGAUAAAUGUGUGCCAAAAGGGCUCUGAGAUAAACGGCUUAAAUAAUGAGCAGUAUUCACUGGGGUUGAGAUAAGCUAAUUAAAAACAGAUAUUUACGAUUAGGCCCCAGCGCCCCCCCCCCCCCCCCCCCCCCCCCCCCGGGAUCAGCACAUAACUCCACAUUUAAUUUGGUAUGAACACAUGAAAGCGUUAUGUGGCAUGAAAGUGUUUGAUUAUUGCUCUCAAACGUCUCGUUGUUGGUUCAGAGGUUGGUCUCAUCACGCUGAGUCCCGCUGAGCCACAUUGGUUUGAAGUGACUUAAUCAAUGUUAGCCAGACAAUUUGGUUGAAUCAACUCAGGUUUCAACAGCAUGUCAAUAAUCUUAACAUAUGUAAUGAAAAAUUAAUCUUCUCUUUGAUCACAUGAAUACAACUCAUUAUUCUUGUUGUUUACCUCAAGUUAACUUUUCACUUCAUACUAAAGGUUGUAUUCUGGACUAUUUUAUUUAAGUAAAUCAAAUCUUUAUAAUAAUAAACUUUCUGACUCGUGAAGAGGUUGGGACGAAUGGUGACUUCACGUGUGAGGUACCGGCUUAAGCUGCACAUUAAGAGCAAAAACUACAAUAAAGCUAAGGGCUCAUGGUACCACCUUCCA